CCGACGAGGACGACGACGACGAUCGAAAUGGCCUCCUCCACCACCGCCUCCUCCCAGCUCGCCCUCGCCCUCGGCAUCCCCGGCCUCGGCGGCCUCCUCAUCCCCACCGACGCCGCCGCCACCACCACCACCACCGCCGAGGGCAACGAUCUCCACGCCGACGCCUCCCACCCCGUCCUCCGCCUCGCCGGCGCCGUCCAGCACUACGAGUGGGGCGGCCGUCGCGGGUCCUCCCUCGUCGCGCGCCUCGCCGGCGAGGGCGAUGAUGGUGAUGAGAGGCCGUACGCGGAGCUGUGGAUGGGGACGCACCCGGCGGCGCCGUCGUCGCUGGCGGCGUCGGGGGAGUCGCUGAGGGAGUGGCUGGGGAGGCGCGGCCCCGCCGCGCUCCUCGGCCGCGACGUGGCGGCGAGGUGGGGCGGCGACCUCCCGUUCCUCUUCAAGGUGCUCUCGGUCGCCAGGGCGCUCUCCAUCCAGGCCCACCCCGACGCCGCCCUCGCCAGGGCGCUCCACGCGCUCCGCCCCGCCACGUACCGCGACGACAACCACAAGCCCGAGAUGGCCGUCGCCGUCACCGACUUCCGCGCCCUCUGCGGCUUCGUCUCCGUCCAGGAGCUCAAGGAUGUCUUGAGGACUGUACCUGAGGUUCGAGAGUUAGUUGGCAAAGAAGAGGCUGUGAAGCUUAUGGGUGCCAAAGAGCAUGAUGGAGGCAUCGGAGUAAGGUCAUAUCUGCAAUCAGCUUUUACUAAUUUAAUGACAGCAAGCAAAGAAACAGUUUCUGAAGCAGUCUCAAAGCUAAAGAGUCGGCUGAAUAUUGAGAGUAAGGUUAGAACCUUGACAAAGAAGGAGCAGCUAGUGUUGUCACUGGAGAUGCAGUACCCUGAAGAUGUUGGUGUUUUAGCAGCAUUCUUCUUUAACUAUGUCAAGCUCAACCCCGGUGAAGCACUCUAUAUUGGUGCUAAUGAACCACAUGCAUAUCUUUCGGGAGAGUGCGUCGAAUGUAUGGCCACAUCUGACAAUGUAGUUCGUGCUGGUCUGACCCCUAAAUACAGAGACGUCCAAACUCUUUGCUCGAUGCUGACAUACAAGCAGAACUACCCGGAGAUUCUGCGAGGAGUUCCAGUGCAAGCAUAUGUAACGCGCUACAUACCCCCAUCUGAGGAGUUUGAAGUCGAUCGCUGCCUGCUGCCCUCCGGUGAAUCGGUCACCAUGUCACCGGUGCCUGGCCCAUCCAUCUUCCUUGUCAUGACAGGGGAAGGCAAGAUUGAGGCAGAUUCCAUGCUUGAUGAAGGAAAGGCAAAGGAAGGCGAUGUUUUCUUCGUGCCGGCGCACACCGAGGUCAGGAUCCUUGCUUCUGGUCCUGGGAGCAUGCAGCUUUACAGGGCUGGGGUGAACAGCAGAUUCUUCAGCUGACUUCAAUAACACCGCAAAUCUUCAGGGAUUAAAGGUUAUUGCGAGAGUAAUUGGUAGGAAAACGGGUGUCUUACUGUCGUCCUUUCAUUUUAUCAUAAGGUAGCUAGUUAAGCCAUCAUAGUGUAUAGGCAAAUGGAGAUAAAGUCUCUCUCUUUCAUACCCUUAAUCCUGUUUAUUUUUUUCCCCAAUAUGUAAUUUACAUUUUUCAGUACGCUGGAAGCAAAUGAAAUCUGUAGAUGAGCUUCUAGUUUCGAUUAUUCAUUCAUCAUGUACAUGCGAAAAUUGAAGUUUGCUUUGGAUAUAGAAUAACUAAUAUGAUUCCUUCGA